AUGAUCAAGUCGAUCCUCGUCGAUUUCAACUGCGAAAAACCGUGCGGCGAGACAAUUGAACUUUUGUCCAAUUCAGCUGCUUUUGUCGAUUUGGGUCUGACCCUCCAGACUUGGAAUGUGAAGGACAUUGCGGGCACAGUUUUGUACACGGGCAGCGAUGGACUUAGCUUGUUGAUUCAGUGGUAUCCAGCAUCCCCUGGAAAGCUUUAUGCAACGAUCAGUGGAGCCGCUCGUGUUCAACAACUUGCAGAUUUAUUGAAAAAAGAACUUGAGGAGAAGAACGCCACUUCUACCGUCUUCACGCCGCCAUUGAAGAGAGGCUUGGAGUGGAACCCUUACAUUCAAAAUUGCGAUGGAACCGUUGUCGAAAACGACUUUCAGGAACUCCUUUUUCACGACAAAUCUCCUUUCCAAGACAUCAAAAUCUACCGCUCAAACAACUUCGGCUCCUACCUCCUUCUCGAUGAUGACCCGAAUCUGGCAGAUAGCGACAUUGCCUAUACAAAAGCAAUUUGCGGGAGUGAGACAUUCGAUUUUACGGGAAAGAAUGUCUUGAUUCUUGGCGGUGGAGAUGGUGGAAUUAUCAACUAUCUUCGCAAUCUUUCGCCGACCAAACCAAAGUACAUUGAAAUGAUCGACAUUGAUGAAAUGGUCAUGAAAGCUUGCGCAAAACACAUGAGAGCUACUUGCGGAGAUGCCAUGGACGAGUUCAAGGGAGAAGGGUAUGAAAUCUUUGCGGAAGACUGUGUCCCUCGAUUGACGAGAUAUGGCGAAGAAGGAAAAAAGUUUGACUUUAUCAUUUCCGACUUGACUGCUAUUCCAGUUGAUGCUUCUGACGAAAAAGAAAACGACAACCAAUGGGAUUUCAUGAAGCUUAUUUUAAACAAAUGCAUGCUCCUCCUCCCCGAAGAUGGAAUCUACACCACUCAAGGCCACGCUUACCGAUCAACGCAUGGAAUUGAAGAAUAUCGUGCCAUUCUCAACUCGCUAAAUGUUGAAAUCUCCAGUGAAGCGGUUUCUGUUCCAAGCUAUCAUGAGAAAUGGGUUUUCUACACGCUGCGAAAGAAGACUGAAUGA